AGGCAGGACCGCUUCAGUCGAGAAUGGCAAUCGGUGUCAGCGCACACAAAACUACACAACACCCCCACUCCCUGCCCGCCAAUCAAGAUAUCUUCCCACACGACACUGGCACAAAGACUCUGUCACACCUGAGGCCAUUGGUUUCCUGUCUGCGGUGGGCGUCUUCAUCGUGGUGCUGGCUGUGCUCUUCCUCUUCAUCAGUAAGAAGCUCUGUUUCCAGAGGAUCGGCGGCCUGCCCUGCCUGGAACACCGCAGGAAAAAGAAACGCUCCCGAGAGAAAGCAGGGAUUCACGAGGGUCUGGAAGUGGUGCAGCAGUAGGAAUGGUGUGUUGACCAGCGCCCCCUGUGUGUUGGAGCGUGCAUGUUCACCGGGUGCCGGACAGAGCUGCCUAGUGAUGACCUCUUCGCAGGAGACAGAGAGUGGCCUGCCCGCCUUCACUGCCUGGGUAUCGCGCGUCUCUGAUGCCCUAUCUGCCACCUUCCUGAACCUCGGCAGACCAGGGUCACAGGGCACAGAAACCGGGCCAAGGUCCAGUCAGAGUCAGACCGGCACUGACAAGGAUGUCUUGGGGCACACCGACCCCUUAGAACAGGAGCAGGAGGCACUGACAGACAGCAGUGACUCUUCAGACAGCCCAGUCUUCCCACAGACGAUCUCUGAGCAGCAGCUGGAGAGCCAAGAGACGCAAGCCUGUCACCAGGAAGGCACAAAGGUGGACACCCGAGCUGCUGGUACAGCCCCAGCAGUUUUACCCACUGAUGCCCAGAGGCCGGCUGAGGUCGGUUCUGGGCUGAGCUGCCCAGGUCUGAUGGAGGAACAGAUCCAGGAGCAUCUCUACAUCAUCCCGGAAGAGGGCGAAGACCCGGAGAACCAGACCAGUGGGCAGGAGGAGGACUCUCUCGGGCAGAGCCUGUUUGCUCCACACACUGCUGUGAACAGCUACGGGGAGGACGGAGCUCUGUCCACGUCGUCCGACAGCGAGGACGAGAUCGCUAAGCACUUUGAGAUCUCGGUGUCGCGCUCGCAGAGCUUCCGCUCGGGCACGCAGGCCGGCUCCGAGCGGCCCCACGGAUUCACCCGGCUGCUUUCCAAUCCAGAGGAGGGCAGCACGGAGCCCUCUGACUGCGAAGAUGGCGACGGGCUCAGCCGGCUGAGUUACCAGGAUGCCCAGUCGUACCCGGACGACGAGCGGGGCUCUCUGGGCUCCCGGGGCACUGCGGAGGGCCUGGGGGCGGGCCUACGGAAGUGCUCAGAGGGCACGGAGGCCAGCCUGGCCCCCAGCCUCAGCAGACAGGCCACCGAGGGCAGCCUGGAGAUGGAGACGGCGGUCGACAACCAGGGCUACGACAACAACGAUGCAACGGACACCUCCUCCACCUGGAGCCCUGAGGAGCAGGGAGCAGGGGAAGUCUCCUCUCAGCUGGCGGACACUCACCAGCCCAUCUCCAGAUGCGGUGACCUCAUCAUCAUCCUGGACUACAAGGUCGAGGCGCAGAAACUCCUGGUGACGGUGGUGAGAGCCAGGGACAUCCCGGAUAAGGAGCGCAGCGGGAUGGACGCCUGGCAGGUGCAUGUGGUGCUCCUGCCCAGCAAGAAGCAGAGGCACAAGACCAGCGUGCAGCGGGGCUCCACGCCGCGCUUCAACGAGACCUUCCGCUUCUCCAGGAUCGACGCCACCGAGCUGGGCGGCUACGCCCUGCGCUUCCGCCUGUACGCGGUAGGCAAGAUCGCCAGGGAGCGCAUGAUGGGGGAGCAUCUGUACCACCUGAGCAGCCUGAGCCUGGAGGGCGAGAUGGAGGCCACGCUGGUGCUGGAGCCUCGCAGCAACAUGAAGAGUGCGGACUCCCAGGUCAGCUUGUCUGCCAUCUCGCACAGCGACAGCGCCUCGUCCACGCAGUCCCUGUCGCAUGGCGGCGUCCCCGAGCUGCUCAUUGGCCUCUCCUACAAUGCAACCACCGGCCGCCUCUCGGUGGAGAUGAUCAAGGGCAGCCACUUCCGCAACCUGGCUGUGAACCGCCCCCCAGAUACCUACGGCAAGCUGACGCUGCUGAACUCCGUGGGCCAGGAGAUGUCCCGCUGCAAGACCUCCAUCCGGAGGGGGCAGCCCAACCCUGUGUACAAGGAGACCUUCAUCUUCCAGGUGGCCCUCUUCCAGCUGUCCGACGUCACCCUCAUGGUCUCCAUCUACAACCGCCGCAGCAUGAAGCGCAAGGAGAUGAUUGGCUGGGUCUGCCUGGGCCAGAACAGCAGCGGCGAGGAGGAGCAGGCCCACUGGCAGGACAUGAAGGAGUGCCAGGCCCAGCAGGUCUGCCGCUGGCAUGUCCUGCUGGAGUCCUAGAGGACUACCGCCCGCCCCAUCCCCCCCACCACCCACCACCCUCGUACACACCUGUCGGAGACUGGCCCGCACCUGGCAGGAGCUCCUGCUGCCUGCCUGGAUCUGCAGGAGGUGUUGACUUCUGUCCCGCGACCGGAGCCUACUUCCGAAGAGCAGGUGCCUGCUGGCAUCGCGUCUACUGUGUGUCGGGGACCCCACUCUUUGGCCUCCUCCCCCCCACUCGGGACGGGUUUGCAGCAGGCAUCUGGGGUGGAUUUUUUCGGUUCCCCCUGGAACUCAUCCGUUUCUCCCUGCAUUCACUCCCAAAGUCCGCUCGCUCAAUUCGGAGAGGAACUAACCGACUCCCCGUGCUCGUUCAUUGCGGAUUCAAGACUCGGUGGCAGAGCAGCUGUCUCUCGCUGUGUUGCGGAGCUGUGAGAUUCUCGUGACGCACUGUGCAGUAGAUCCAUCUGCACCCAGCCACUCGAGUCGCAUCUGCCCUGAGAUGAAUAGGAAGGCUGGGUUAUAAUAAAAUACCAAAAAAAAAAAGUCCAGCUGCUUUUUAAGAUUGCUCAAUGUUUCGCUCUUUGACAGAAGAGCUCUGAGAGCUGUUGAUUGCUGUAAUAUCCUUUCGGAAGAUAUUAAUGUCAACUAGCCUUCAUUCCUGAAUGUGAAUUGUCAUGAAAGAGUGGGUCUACUACUGCUGCCUUCCUCUCUCCUGACACACCAGCUGCAGUGCCCUGUUCCUGGCUCACCAUGCUGUCCGGGUACAGCUACGAGGCGUAGCGCCUUAUUUACCUCCACCCGUUGUUAUUUUGUUUGACAGGGCCGUGUCAGAUGGCCCAUUAACAGUGUUUGUCUCAAAUUUAGUCCCCUAGACAGUUUGUUUUCUUUCUACAGUCCAGCAAGUCUUCUUCCUAAACCAAACAAAACCUGACUCCUUAAAAGAGUCCUAACUGCACUUUAAGGAACUUUUCCCUGGCCAUAGAAGAGGCUGUCCUAAUGCCAAACAUCCCAACAAGAGCGACUGUUUAACUUUAAUGCAUGUCUUUUUUCUCUGUCUCUCUCCACUGCUCUUUCCUCCCAAAAGAGACACUCCUAAUUAAUUAACUUUUCUUUACCCCUGUAAUCAACUGCGGGCCACCAAUCUCCAUUUCACCGACUCCACCUGAUUCCCUACAGGAACCAAGAUGGUUGUUCCCCAUGGAAGCCUCAAAGCGACACUUCAACUGACUUGUCCCCUCAGGAAUAUAGACUCUCUCACAGAUUCCUGACAUUUAACAGUUUAUAAUCAUGGCGGCAAAGCCUGGAAAGGUCUUUGCCAAGAGAUGUGCGACCACUAGUUUUGCAAAGGGAGUACUUUUUCCAAGACCACAGCUGUGGCAGUGCAGGGGGCUUCACUGCAACAUUAAAGCCACCCAAGGUCAAUAUUUAACAUGGCCAAAGGACACGCACUGCUUCCCUGGCAGACCGGUGACAGACACACAAUCUGCAAUGUGCAGUAUAUCGAACACACUCCAGGGUUACAGGGCUGCUGGUUGUUUGGCCUGACUAGCACUACGGUAGACUGAGUUCAUAAGCUUGAAUGCAUCCUAAGUUUUCUUUGGAGCAUCCAGAUGUGGCCACCUGUUGUGUGAUGAUUAAAACAACACUGUGCGCAUGCCUGCCUGCUUCCUGGUCCUGACUAAGGGUGGCAAUACAGUGUCUCAAUGGAGAAAUCAAGCUUGUCUGUCCCCCGGUGCCAUUUUAUUUAGGCAGUUAAGAUAAAAGAACAAUACAACAUUAUCUAGCUUGCCCGCCAACAUUAUCUAAUGAUGACUGGGAAAAGAACGUUUCAGUUCUUUCAUUAACUGUACCAGGAUUUGCUUUAUUAUUACUGUAGCAUGGAGGCUGAUGACAUUUACGGGAAGACAAGAUUAAUGAAAUUGCUGUGCUACACAGUGGAUUUUUUUUACUGGUAUUCCUGAAGUGUUCAAUUUGCAAAACUCAUUGUUUUUUCCCUGAAAUGAUAAAAAUCCCACGUGGUACUUCUAGGGAAGAGGAAAAAACUAAGAUCUUAAUGAGAGUGACAUUUCAGCAUUCAAAACCUCCCUCUUUUAUUCUAUCUUCUCAAACUGGCACAAGGAAGCCACCGGCACUGAAUCUAUCUUGACUAUGCAUUUCAUAGAUGAUGGUAACAAAUGUCACAUAUGCAUGGUAGAAGUUCAUGUUGUUGUGUGCAUAUAUAUUUUUAAAGUAAGAAUCACCUUCUGGAUGCAUUAAAAGAACUUUUAUACAGUACGGCAUGCAUCUUUUGUAUUACAGAUUACAUGUAUAUGAAGUGCCUGUAGCUAAGAAUCUGUAUGGGAUUUUGGAGUGUACUUGUCAUGAGAAAGCCUUGUGUUGAAAUAAGCAUGCAUUGCUAAACAAAUGUACUACUCUGUUAGCCAAUGGAAGCAUGGACCAGUGAAUCCUGUACAUGUACAGUGCCUGUACCAUGCAUGCAAUGAUUAAAGGAUAAUAUAUGUUUUGUACAUAUUUCAUGGCCUUUCAGUAAAUUGUGACCACUGCUUGUUUUU